ACAUUUCAUAGAAUACUUUGUCGUAUAUACGCACAGUUAUAUAUAUUCUGUCUGAGCAUCGAAAAUUGAAUUUAAAUACGUAUGAAAAAGUAGUCCUGUACUCUUAUCUAUGCACGUCACACGAUGGCCUCUAAAGUUGUAAGAAAAAGCGAGGAAGUGUGUUGUAAAAAGUAGACGGACCAAUUACGUACAAGCAGUUUCAAUCAUUCGCUGGGUCGAAGUGUGCAAGUAUUUCGGUGUUCAGAGCCUCAGAGGAGAAAAGGUCUUUAAUGUGCUCGUUUUAGGGGACAGAAAACCACUGGCUUACGUGACAACGUAGCGUAAGUAAAGUUAAAGGGAAAACGAACUGCAAUUAUUGCUUGGCGCUUUGUCGUAUAAGCGAUGCUAAUAUCCAGAAUGAAAGACGACGCGUAUUGGAAAGUUUUUGCCAACUUUGUUACGAAGAAUGGACCACACGAAACAGAAAAUAGUACUGUAGAAGCUAAACCAGAAAACAGCAAAGGGGACGAAAAAAGUAACUUAAAACUGAAAGUGUCACGCGGAGAAUUUCAAAAUGGUCAGCCUGAAAAUAUUUCUCCUUACGAAGCUUAUGAUAACGUUUUUCCAACUAUAAUUACAAUAAAUGAGCCGAAAACUGGCGAAAACGCACAAGACUUGGCAAAAAUAAGACACAACAAGCAUGAUGAACAAUUUUAUGAAUCAUCAAUCAAAUUACCUUCAAAAUCACUGGAUAACAAUACUGAUACUCAUACGGAUGAAGCACCAAUUAGCCCAACAUCAGACUCAUCUUUAUCACUUAAAGAUUGGAUGAAAGAACAAGAAGAUCAAAAUAAACAUCCGGACUUUGAAGAUUACCAUGAUGAUUUUUUCUACAAUCACCAAUUUAUCCCAACUUUAUAUUCAAUUGUUGAAGAAGAAGAAUUCGAAUCGUAUUGUGAUGUCACAGAUAGCGAUGCAGAUGAUAGUAUGACAUCACAACACAAUAAAAUCAAGUUAAGAAGCCAAAGUUGUGAACAACUAUCUGUGCAUUCAUUUUCUUCAAUGAAGCGCUCAAGUACUUAUGAUAAUCUGAGUAGUUUUGAAGAAAAUGAAAGAGCCAUGUUAGAAGAGGAUGAGAACGAAAGUCGCCCACCCAUGAAGGGUGAAAACACGCCCCAUAUUUCGCCCACCCAUAUCAUAGAGUUCCCGUGUUGUUCCGGUAACCAUUUUUAUUCAGCGCUUGGACCAAUCGGCGAAACAUACAAAAGUGCUUCUAGUCGGUCCAGUGUUGCCGAUUCAGCUUAUUCGUCGAGAGAAAAGAUCAACACAAUGCACAGCAGUAUACCCGAUAUAACUAUACAUAGUAUUGAAGAUUGUAAUGAUGAAGACUUAUACAUACCAAGAAGUUAUGCUGAGAAAAAGAAGAAAAGAAGAUGGGCUUCAUUUAAUGUUAAUGAUCAUAAACAGAACAAAACUAAGGUUCCAAUUUCUCGCGAAAGUUUUCGGAAACGUUUAUCUCGUAAGUUUAGUAACAAAUCUCCUCACAACAGUCCUAAGAAAGUUGCUAAGGUUUCUCCAACGAAAAACCGUCGAAAAUCAAGUUUCCGAAAAACGCUAUCUCGCGUUUUACGUAGUUUCCGGUUUCGUCACAAUCACCCAGAAAAGCACCCACCACGUGACCGGGCGUGGUCCCUCCCGACAGGAAAUGAAGUAGCGUCAUCAAUUGAUAGCGAUGAAAGCGUCAUAGAAAAUGCACACGCGAUAAUUUAACGUUAAAUAUUAUAUUGUUGGGUUGUUGUAGCAAAAUCGUUGGUUUUUUUAAGAAAAAAUGUUUUUGAUUGAAAAAAAUAUUUCUUCGUUGUAAAUGAGGUAAGAUUUGUUGGUUACAAAGUAACACCAGUUUUCUUAACAUGGGUAUUGUCGCUAGUGCAUUUUUGCCUUUCAACGAAAAAACGUUUUCAAUUUCGUUUCGAAAUGACUGAAAUCAUUUCGAAAACGAAAAAAAAAAUCGUUUCGAGAUUUUAAAAUUAAAAAAUCUCCAGGUAUACCCUCUUACUCCACUUGAUAGUAAGGGUAAAAUUGAUGAUUACUCUAAAUUUUCACUUGGUUAUUAGAGGAUUUUCUGUUUCUAAACCUGUUUUCCACGGCAACAGUUUUUGAAAACAGUUCAUAGAGAAUCCUCUAUUUAUCACUGCAACGCUCGUUUUGAGUAACUAGUUUAAACUUUUUGCACAAGAACAGUCCUUUACUUUUACUGAUCAAAUACAAAAUCUGAAUUUAUUA